CUUUUUUCCCUCUCCUCCCUCCGUCGGCGGCGAGUUGGGCGCGUCCUGCUAGCUGCCCCUCCCGCUGCCGAGGGUCCGGCCCGCUCCCGCUGCUGGCGGUCCCGGCGUCGCGAGUUCCCGCUCUCCCGCCCCCUCCUUCCCACCCUCCGAGCCGGCUCCGCGCUCUCCUCGGCUUCCCGCUCCCUGCCCACGGCCCCGGCGCGGCAGCCCCAUGGCGUACAGUCAGGGCGGCGGCAAGAAGAAAGUCUGCUAUUAUUACGACGGUGAUAUUGGAAACUAUUACUAUGGACAAGGACAUCCAAUGAAACCUCACAGAAUCCGAAUGACUCACAACUUGCUGCUAAACUAUGGCUUAUACAGAAAAAUGGAAAUUUAUCGACCCCACAAAGCAACUGCUGAGGAAAUGACCAAGUACCAUAGUGAUGAAUACAUCAAAUUUCUCCGAUCAAUAAGGCCUGACAAUAUGUCUGAGUACAGCAAGCAAAUGCAGAGAUUUAAUGUUGGAGAAGAUUGUCCUGUGUUUGAUGGCCUGUUUGAGUUUUGUCAGCUGUCAACUGGAGGCUCUGUUGCUGGGGCAGUAAAAUUGAACAGACAACAAACAGACAUGGCUGUCAAUUGGGCUGGGGGACUUCACCAUGCCAAGAAAUCGGAGGCAUCUGGUUUCUGUUAUGUCAAUGAUAUUGUGCUUGCCAUCCUUGAGUUACUGAAGUAUCACCAAAGAGUGUUGUAUAUUGAUAUUGAUAUCCAUCAUGGUGAUGGUGUUGAAGAAGCAUUUUAUACCACAGAUCGUGUCAUGACAGUAUCAUUCCAUAAGUAUGGUGAAUAUUUUCCAGGCACAGGAGACCUUAGGGACAUUGGUGCUGGAAAAGGCAAAUACUAUGCUGUCAACUUUCCAAUGAGGGAUGGUAUAGAUGAUGAAUCAUAUGGACAGAUAUUCAAACCAAUUAUAUCUAAAGUAAUGGAGAUGUACCAGCCCAGUGCUGUGGUAUUGCAGUGUGGAGCAGAUUCACUGUCUGGGGACAGACUGGGAUGCUUUAAUCUUACUGUUAAAGGUCAUGCUAAAUGUGUGGAAGUUGUAAAGACUUUUAACUUGCCAUUGCUGAUGUUAGGAGGAGGAGGCUACACAAUUCGUAAUGUUGCUCGAUGCUGGACAUAUGAAACUGCUGUUGCCUUAGAUUGUGAAAUUCCUAAUGAGUUGCCAUACAAUGACUACUUUGAGUAUUUUGGACCAGACUUCAAGCUUCAUAUUAGUCCUUCAAAUAUGACUAAUCAGAAUACACCAGAAUAUAUGGAGAAGAUCAAGCAACGCUUAUUUGAGAACUUGCGCAUGUUACCUCACGCACCUGGCGUACAGAUGCAGGCCAUUCCUGAAGAUGCUGUUCAUGAAGACAGUGGAGAUGAGGAUGGAGAAGAUCCAGACAAACGCAUUUCUAUUCGAGCAUCUGAUAAGCGCAUAGCCUGUGAUGAAGAGUUUUCAGAUUCUGAAGAUGAAGGGGAAGGUGGACGACGAAAUGUUGCAGAUCAUAAGAAAGGAGCGAAGAAAGCCAGAAUAGAAGAAGACAAAAAAGAGACUGAGGACAAAAAAGCAGAUGUUAAGGAGGAGGAUAAAGCCAAGGACAGCAGUGGUGAAAAGACAGAUGCCAAAGGAGCAAAAUCAGAACAGCUCAGCAACCCUUGAACAAAAGAUAGCCUCUCAUCAGUUGCAGAACGUAAUACUAGAGUCUGAGAAUACCCAAAAGGAGAAAAGUUUUCGUAUGGAGAGAGACUGCUGAUUUCAUUUUGUACUAUUUGGCAUGGACUGUAUUUAUUUUCAAACGGCUUUGUUCUGUUUUUUGGCAAGUUGUAUUGUGAGUUUUCUAAUUAUGAGGCAAAAAUUCCUUUCUUCACCAUGCUUUAUGUAAUAGUAUUUAAAAAUGGAUGUGAGUUAUUAUGUUAAAUGUCUAAACUGAUCUAUUAAAGUAAUUUGCCUUUCCUGA